AAUUGGUCAAUAUUAUCCAAUAAUAUUCUCCAACAUAUUCUUAUAAAUUAGCCUAUAAAUUCUUAUAAAUACAAUAUAACGUAUCAUUGCUUUUUCAUUGUUUCAUUUCUUGUUAUUAACACAUAAAGAUACAAAAAAUAUUUCUUCAAAGAUAUAAUGGGUGAGGAUAGAACAAGAAAUAUUAAGUGGUUGGUUAAGGAAAAUAGCAAUGAUUCAUCAUCUAUUGGAACGUUUUCAGAAGAUUCUAUGUGUUCUUGUUCAUCUGAUUUGACUGAGGAUGCUGAUUCAUCUUCUUCAUCAUCACAUUCAAAUGGAUCUUUAGGUGAUUUAUCAGAGCUCAUGAACAAUCUCCCUAUAAAGAGAGGGUUAUCUAUGUUCUAUCAAGGGAAGACACAAUCAUUCACUUCUUUAGCUGAAGUACAAAACAUAGAAGAUCUUCCAAAGAAAAACAUGCCUUAUAAUAAGAGAAUGAAGUCAUGUAAGAGUUAUGGUAGAGAUUUGGAUAGUCAUAGAAUAUGGUAUAGUCCUAAGGCUACAAUAUCAAAAAAGUCUUCAAGAGUUCCUUUUUCAUCUGUAUUAAGCAAAAAAGGGAGUUUCCUAGAAAGAUCUUCUAGGCCUUCCAUUGUUGUACAUAAGAACUUUUGAAAUCCAAAUAAUUAGAGAUACUUUUUUCCUUAAA